AUGCAAAGUCUUAAAUAUAUCUUAAAACAGUAACAGAAGCUUCUGCGGCCUGCUAACUUACUAUUCGCUAUGGAAUCAAGAUUCUUCUCAACUCAAAAAAUUACUUAGAUCAAUUAGCUUACUGCUAUCUCACCAAUAGAUGGCAGAUAUGCAAGACAGUCCCACGAAUUAAGAAAUUUCUUCUCUGAAUAUGCUCUUAUGAGAUAUAGAGUCUUCGUUGAGCUGGAAUGGUUUAAGAGACUUUUCUAGGAACAAAUCACUGGCUUCAGCGACAAAGAAAUCUAAUUCAUAAUAGAACAACAACCUUUCCUUGAUAAGAUUUUCUCUGAGUUCUCACUUGAGGAUGCUGAGAGAGUAAAGCAGAUUGAAGCAACUACAAAUCAUGAUGUCAAGGCUAUCGAAUAUUUCCUCAAGGAGAAAUUUGACCUUAACAAGGAGGGUCUAGCUAAAUAUAAGGAAUAUCUCCAUUUUUCAUGCACAUCAGAGGACAUUAACAACUUAGCAUAUGCUUUGAUGGUUCAUCAUUCUUUAAGGGAGGUUGUUAUUCCUAGUAUGCAGAAUUUAUUCGGCAAGCUUGAUUCUUUGGCCUAGCAAUAUGCUGAAAUUCCCAUGAUGUCAAGAACUCACGGUCAGUCAGCCACUCCAACUACAGUCGGCAAAGAACUAGCAAACUUUGCAUACAGAAUCAAUAGAUAACUCAAGGAACUUGAGAAGAUUAUUCCAACUGGCAAGUUCAAUGGAGCUGUUGGAAAUCUAAAUGCACACAAAGUAGCUUAUCCAGAAAGAGACUGGCUCAAGAUUUCCUAGAAAUUCGUAGAAGGUCUUGGCAUUGAGUGGAAUCCAUACACUACUCAAAUUGAACCUCAUGAUACAAUUGCUCAAAUUUCUUUGAAUAUCUCUCUGACGAAUACAAUUCUUAUUGACUUCAGCAGAGACAUGUGGUCUUACAUUUCUCUGGGAUAUUUCAAGCAAAAGAAUGUCAAGGGAGAAAUCGGAUCAUCAACUAUGCCUCAUAAGAUAAACCCUAUAGACUUUGAAAACGCUGAGGGUAACCUGGGAAUGGCUAAUGCUUUGUUCACUCACUUCGCAUAAAAACUUCCAAUAUCUCGAUUCUAAAGAGAUUUAAGUGAUUCAACAGUAAUGAGAAAUAUUGGAGUAGCAUUUAGCUAUACCAUGUAAUCUGUUAAGGCUUUGGAGAAGGGAUUGUCAAGAGUUGAAAUAAACGAGGAAGUAUUAAAGAAUGAGCUUGACAGUCAUUACGAAUUGUUGGCUGAGCCAGUAUAGACAGUGAUGAGAAAAUAUGAUAUUCCAAAUCCAUAUGAAUUACUUAAGGAAUUCACAAGAGGCAAAAAGGUUGAAAAGAGUGACUACCUAAAGUUUGUUGAAUAACUUGCCUUGCCAGAGGUUGAAAAGCAAAUGCUUAGAGAUUUAACUCCAUAAAGCUAUAUUGGAUAUGCAGCAGAACUGGCAAGAAGUGUCAAGAAGUUAUGA